GCACUUCGCUUCAACGGCGCAGGGAGCCCGGCGAGUCUUUCUGUCUCCACCAGCAUCGUUUCAGACCCUCGCUGCGUCUCACACUAUGCCGUCCUCAUCGUCGUCUAAACCUGUGAACAUUGGUAGUCCACGGAGAGACGAAACUUCUCGCACAGGGACACCUACACCUACAGGUACACCAGAUAUCCGGGUUUUGCGGGCUCAAUAUUCGGGAACACCUCCAGUUCCGAACAUCGCCUUCCGUUACGCACCUGUGAGCGCUUCCUACUCCAGCCGCGACGGUCCUCUUGCGACCAGUGUUUCAUCCCAUGAAGCAGCAAACAACCUAUUACAUCGCCCUUCGCUCGGAGCUGUUGGUGGAAGACCACCUGCGUCAGACAAUCCCUGGAAUGACACGGGCGCAACGGAUACAAUGGGUCUAUCGGAUGAAGAGAUAGCCAGAGUCGUCAGGCAGCACCUCGUCUUUCCCGAUGAGAGAAAUGGAUCCGAUCGCGAAGAAACUCCCACAAGCAGCACCAUGACCCCUUGCCGCUCUCCACCUCCAAGGGAGAGUUCCGGCGCAUUCCCCAUCCCUUAUGAGGUACCUGGCGCCGAUAUCACUCACGAUAUCUACAAAUGGCACGCGGAUCAAAGGCGGCAGGCUGUCCGUCCGCGGGCCACCUCUUUUGCAGGUUCUGUCACGCCGUCACACCCGGCGUUUGAGCACAUUCACGAACCUGGAGGUUUCAGGCGCAACUAUGUCCUUUUACAAUCUAAUAAUGCUGAGGGCAUAGAGGAUAGACGGGCAACAAACAAUUUCGUUGAGUUCCUAUACAUAUUCGGACAGUUUGCUGGAGAAGACCUUGAGGAAGACGAAGACAGAGUUGACGAGGAGGAAGCUACUGAGCGGCCUCAACUGGGCACAGUAUCUGCCAUUGCAGAUGAGGCACAACCUUUACUUAAGCAGGCGCAACGCGCAAGGUCUCAUUCUAGGCGGCGGGCGGCAUCCGUCGGUGCUCAUGGCGACGCAACCGUCCCACAAGCAGUACUUAUGCUUCUUAAGUCGUUUGUGGGCACUGGAGUUUUAUUUCUUGGAAAAGCAUUUGCAAAUGGAGGUCUACUGUUUUCCACCAUUACCAUCGCCUUUGUUGCUUUGGUAUCUCUGUAUUCCUUCUUAUUGCUGGUCGAGGCUAAAUUUGUUGUUUCGGGGUCCUUCGGAGACAUCGGCGGAGCUUUAUAUGGUCCUUGGAUGCGUUACGCCAUUCUUUCUUCAAUUGCGUUUUCCCAGCUAGGAUUUGUGGCUGCUUAUACCAUCUUUGUUGCAGAAAAUCUAAAGGCUUUCGUGGCAGCUGCAACGCAAUGCGCGGCCAAUUUUUCUGUUUUGUUCUUCAUUCUCAUCCAAUUGGUCAUUUUUCUACCUUUGGCCCUCGUUAGGAAUCUCGCGAAGCUUAGUACUGCAGCACUUGUUGCGGAUGUCUUCAUCUUCGCUGGUCUGUUAUAUAUAUUCGGCAGCGAAAUAUCUACUAUCAGUGAGAAAGGCACGGCGGAGGUCCAGCUUUUCAACCCUAGGGAUUUCCCGUUGUUCAUAGGGACUGCUGUCUUCUCAUUUGAAGGAGUGGGAUUGGUCAUCCCAAUUACCGAUGCAAUGCGUGAACCGCACAAGUUCCCAAGAGCCCUCACUGGUGUGAUGAUUGGAACGCUCUUCCUAUUUGGUGGCGCAGGUGCUCUCGCGUAUUUGACCUUUGGCAAAGAAGUAAACACCGUCGUUCUUGUGAACCUCGACCUAACUAACAAGUUUACUCAAGCGGUUCAAUUCCUAUACUCCGUUGCCAUAUUGCUAUCCAUCCCCCUUCAGUUCUUCCCAGCUGUCCGUAUCCUCGAGAACGGACUAUUCGUUCGUAGUGGCAAGCGGAAUCCUCGCGUCAAAUGGUUGAAAAACCUAUUCCGCUUUGCACUGGUGAUGUUCUGUACUGGGGUCAGCUGGCUCGGAGCUGCUGACUUGGACAAAUUUGUGGCGCUGAUCGGAAGUUUCGCAUGUAUCCCUUUGUGUUUCGUCUACCCAGCAAUGCUGCACUAUAAGGCCGUCGCAAUGACAUGGAGACAGAAACUGAUUGACAUUCUGCUUGGCGGUUUCGGCGUAGCCGCGAUGGUAUUCACCACUGCCCAAACCAUUAAGCUCAUGGCUGCUCCUGAAGCCGCACCACAACCAACCAUGUGUUGAGCUGUCCCAUAUUUGGUUCACUUGUUACCCAGGAAUCAGG